UUUUAGUUCUCAGGUUCCGAUUAGACGCCGUGACGUAGCGAGGCGGGCUUUGGUGCCGGUCGUUUUUUCUCAUUGGCUGUUGGCGCGGCGGCGGUUUGGAGCGAGCGGAGCACGUUGAGGGGCAGGCUGUGCCGAGUGUCGCGGCCACAGGGCUGGCGUGGGGCCCGGUUUGUGGUGAACAUCUGGGCCAGUCCCAGGUGGGGGUCCCCGUGGCAUGGAUCGCGUGUGCAGUGCGUGGUACGGAAAGUGCGUGAAAAGGAAAGGCGUGUCGCCGCUGUGGGCUCGCAGCAUCGUGGUUGCGUGGCUCAACAAGGCCGAGUGGGACCAGGUGACAGUUUAUCUGUUCUGUGACGACCAGAAGUUGCAGCGGUACGCCCUGAACCGCAUCAGCGUGUGGAGGAGCAGGUUAGGCAACGAACUCCCCCUGGCAGUGGCUUCUACUGCUGACCUGAUACGCUGUAAGCUCUUGGAUGCAGCUGGUGGCUUGGGCAAUGAUGAACUCAGACUGCUGUAUGGCAUGGCACUGGUCAGGUUUGUGAAUCUUAUCUCAGAGAGGAAGACAAAGUUUUCCAAGGUCCCCCUCAAGUACCUGGCUCAGGAGGUAAACAUUCCAGAUUGGAUUGUUGGGCUCCGCCAUGAGUUGACCCACAAGAAAAUGCCCCAUAUAAAUGACUGCCGAAGAGGCUGCUACUUUGUCUUGGAUUGGCUCCAGAAGACCUACUGGUGCCGUCAAAUGGAGAACAGCCUGCGAGACAGCUGGGAAUUAGAGGACAAGGAAGAGACAGAUGAAGAUCAUCAGGAAGAUAAGAACAUGGUUGUUGAUGACAUCACAGCACAGAAACCCGCGUCUCAGAUGGAUGGAGAAGGUGCAGAGUUGGCUGUCAGAGCUGACGGAGAUGACAAAGCCUGCCAGGAGGUGGAGUCUCAUUUGCAAAAGGUUUUGAAGCAAAAAGAGCUGUAUGAAAGAGCCCGAGAUCUGCUGGUAUCCUAUGAAGAGGAGCAAUUUAAGGUGCUGGAGAAAUUUAGGCAUUUACCCCAGGCCAUUAAGGCAUGGAAUAAUUUGUCCCCACGUGUAGAAGGCAUCAUGGCGGAGCUCAAGGGCAUUACAUGGGAGAACAGGGAGGCUGUGCUGGAUGCUUUUUUGGAUGAUGGUUUCCUCAUCCCCACAUUUGAACAAUUGGCAGCCUUGCAAAUUGAGUAUGAAGAAAAUAUGGACUUGAGUGAUGUCCUGGUGCCAAGGCCCUUCUCUCAGUUCUGGCAGCCUCUGCUCAGGGGGAUGCACUCCCAAGCCUUCACUCAAGGCCUGCUGGACAGGUUGUUCUCUGAACUGCCAGCCUUGGGCAGCAGUGGGAUCCGACCCACCUACAUCCUCCGAUGGACCGUUGAACUGAUUGUGGCCAACACCAAACUGGGACGGGAUGCUCGCCAAUUUUCUGCAAGCCAAUGGGAAGCAAGAAAGAACUGGAGACUGUUCAACUGCUCUGCCAACCUUGACUGGCCCCGGGUAGUCGAGUCCUGCUUGGGCUCACCUUGCUGGGCUAGCUGCCUACUCCUUCGGCUCGUCUUCAAAGCCAUGGGGCAGGUCCUACCACAAGGGGAACAGGAGAAGCUGUUGCGCCUCUGUUCCAUUUAUACCCAGAAUGGAGAAAAUAACCUGGAGCAGGAGGGCUUUGAGCCCUCCCCGAUUGGGAAGUCUCCAUACACCCUGGACAGCCUGCAGUGCCUCCUCAAACCAACUGGCUCCAGCGGUGGGGCUGAAGGAAAGGCCCAGCAGCAGCAGGAGAAGGGCAGCUUUAAUGAAGCCAAAGAGGAAGAGAAGGGAGGAAAAAAGAUCUUGGAAGACCAGACAGAAGAGGAUGAAGAGGAAGAACAAGAGAUGGAGGAAGAGGUAGAAGAAGAGGAAAAUGACCAGGAGGAGGAAGUAGAGGAUGCUGAAACAGAUGAAGAUGAUGAAGAUGAGGAGGAAGAGGAGUCGGAGGAGGAGGAGACCGAGGAGGAGGAAGAAGAGGAGGAAGACGGAAUGGAUGUGACACCUUAUACUGUAGAGCAGGAAUCCCCUGCUUUUGAGUUUACCAGUUCCAUGGCCCACAAAACAGGAGCUUUGCAUGGCUCUUCAUGGCAAGUUAGUUCAGAAGAUGCACGAUGGGAAAAAUUCCCUAUAGGCCGAGUGCCAGGUCAGACUGAGGACCCGGCUGAGCUGCUGCUGGAUAAAUAUGGCACCAUGUAUCUUUUGGAGCAGCCUGUGCUAGAGCAGCGAGUGGAACCCCCAAAGUGCAAGAGUAGCAUCUUGGGCCUGAACUGUGGUGUCAGCAGUGGCAACUGCAAUAGCAGCAAGUGCGAGCGCCUUUUCUGGAGCCAGGCACAGAUGCACAGGAUCAAAAGUGGCCUUCAGCUCUUCUGAUGCCUAUCCUGGUGCCAGAGAUCGUCCAGCCCCACCAGGACAACAGCCCACUGCCCCGUGCAGUGCACCUGACGUUCCAUGAUACACCCUGGGACACAGCCCAGAUCGGCCACUUCAGCUUAACUUUCCACCACAGUGGAAUUUUGAGUACAUUUUGAAUCUUUUGUUACGUUUUUGAAAAACAAUAAACAGGCAGCUGUUGU